CCUCCGUAUCGUCCCUGAAGACAUGAAUGCUAUUAACCACAUUGAAGCAGUGUUAUCAAUCCUAAACUUAAAGCAAAAACUAUACAUAAUGAACCUCAACCUAGUACUUCAAAAGAAACUAUGGAAUUAAUUAAGAAACGUAACGAUAUUACUCCAAAUGUUAAAAAUAAUAGUCCACGGAAAGCAUACAAGAAUACUGUCACUCCUGGUAGCGUAACGAUAUCUCAAUCCAUAGAUACGAGUCCAGAAAAGAACAUUGAUACCCCUGCUAGGGUAAACAGGUCUCGAUCUAAAGAUAUGAGUCCAGAAGAAAACACUGAUACUCCUGCUAUAGUAACAAGAUCUCGAUCCAAAGAUUUGAGUCCAGAAUCAAAUUCCAAUGAACCAAAAGUUAAGUCUAAAGAUACUAUUUCUAUUAGGAAAGAGAUUAUACCUGGAAUUAAAAAUACAAAAUCUAAAAUAUUUCAAAUGGCGGAUACUGAUAGUAUACCAAACAAGGAAAUUCCAGAAUUGGAUAAAUAUAAAAAGAAAGCUAAAGCUGAUGAAGAUGGCUGUAUUAUACAAUUACCUGAGGAUAUUCCAAGAAAUAGAAAACCACAAUUUAGUUCUACUACACCAAUACAUAUCGGAGAUGUUGACAUGAUUGAAAAAUAUCUACCCAUACAUGGUAGAACUAAAAGGGUACUGUGGAAUAAACAAGAUCCAACUGUAGGCAAAAGUUUUCGAGGCACCAGCUUAACUAUAAGCGUAGGAUCUAUAAGUUCAAUCGAUAGUAUGACUACAGUCUUCCAUGAGACUGACGAAAAUUUUGAUUAUAAAGUUAAUAACAAAAGUCCGAAUGCAAAAGAACAUGCAGAUAAAAGUUCACAUGACCUUCAUGCUACUACAGGUGAUAAAAAUCGCAUUAAAUCCGUUGAGAGAACACAAAUGAGUUUGCCGGAUGUUAAUUGUACCACAAUUGAUGAACGGCAUAGCGAAAGUAAUGAAAACUCGGAAACAAGUUUGCCUGAUUUAAAUUCCAUUUCACCGAAUAUAGGUAACAUGGCAGCUAGAAAAAAAAUCCAAAUGACUUUACCAGCUUCAUCCAGCCAUUCCAAAGCUAGCAAAAAUAAUAUUAAAGCUAAAACAAAGACAAAAAUGGGUUUGCCUGAUCUCAAUUCUACAACAGUUGAACAUUUUCAUAAUAAAAAUAAUAUGACACUGAAUGAAAAGACAGGAAUUAAUUUGACAGAGUUUACUUCACUGGACAAAAGUAGGAAAGAUAAUGAGAAUAUAGCAAUGAGUUUACCUGAUUUAAAUUUUAGUAUGGUCGGCUUAAGUAAAGAAAUUAGUCUGCCUGAUCUAAAUUUGACAACUACAGAUUGUAAUAAAAAUAUGCCUACAAAGAGACUCGCGAAAACUCCUACAAAUACAAAAGUUCCAGCCAAAAAAUAUAAAUCAGCCAGUACCACCGUACAGGCAGUUCAUUGUCGUGAUAUAAAUACUCCUGACCGCAAUAAAACACGAACCAGAUUAGUUUCUUCAGACAAAAGUCUUGAAAUGUCAAAUUUAGAUGCCGUAGAAGGUAUGGUGCGGGUCACAAGAUCCUCAAAAGUGAGUUCCGAAAAUAAGAUAAGCAAUAACGAGGUUUUUGAUAAAUCUAAAAGCAACCUCACGUUAACGCCGAUACUGAAAAAGCCUGAAAAAAGGCAGCAAAAACAAAUACAUCGCAAGUCGAAAUUUAAGAAGAUGGGAAUUGUUGAAAUUGCCGAUCUCGAUACUGACCGAACCGCCUGA